CUGAUUGGCCGAACUGUUACUUGUCCCGGCGACAGCACGUUUGAUAGUUUUUUUUUCUCCGCCGAAUGAGCCACGUGGGCGGCAUCAGGUUUAUGCUCAGGGGAGCAUCUUGGAUCAAAGGGAAGGCAGUGGAAACGAAGAGGGGGUGAAUAACAGGAAAGGAAACCCACUAAGUUACUUCUUGGCAGUUGAAACCAUGAGCGUGGGAUUCAUCGGUGCUGGGCAGCUUGCCUUCUCCCUGGCAAGGGGUUUUACUGCAGCAGGGAUCUUGGCUUCUCAUAAGAUCACAGCAAGUUCACCAGACACUGAUCUUCCAACAGUGGCAGGGCUGAGGAAAAUAGGUGUGAAUGUCACCAUAAGCAACAAAGAGACAGUCAAAAACAGUGAUGUCCUGUUUUUAGCUGUGAAACCUCCCAUAAUUCCAUUUAUCCUUGAUGAAAUUGGCUCGGACAUAGAGGAUCGGCACAUUGUGGUCUCAUGUGCUGCUGGUGUCACUAUCAGCUCCAUUGAGAAGAAACUUUCUGCCUUCAUCCCCACCCCAAAAGUAAUCAGAUGUAUGACCAACACACCAGUGAUUGUACGUGAAGGGGCCACUGUCUACGCUACAGGAUCUCAUGCUGAAGUGGAAGAUGGGAAGCUCUUAGAACAGCUGAUGACAAGCGUGGGCUUCUGCACUGAGGUGGAAGAAGACUUGAUUGAUGCGGUCACUGGACUCAGUGGCAGUGGACCUGCUUACGCAUUCACAGCCCUGGAUGCCCUGGCAGAUGGAGGAGUGAAGAUGGGACUUCCUCGCAGGCUAGCUGUCCGGCUGGGAGCUCAAGCCUUGCUGGGAGCUGCCAAGAUGCUCUUGGAUUCUGAAGAGCAUCCCGGACAGCUGAAGGACAAUGUGUGCUCUCCAGGGGGCGCUACCAUCUAUGCCCUACAUCUCUUGGAGAGUGGUGGUUUCCGAUCGCUGCUCAUCAAUGCUGUGGAGGCAUCCUGCAUCAGAACGAGGGAACUGCAGUGCAUAGCUGACCAGGAGAAGGUCUCCCCAGCUGCCAUUAAGAAGACUUUAAUGGACAAAGUGAAACUAGAGUCUUCUACUGCCAACAAAGUUAGCCUGUUUAACCACAAGAAUGCAGGCAGCAAGAAGUUUUGAGGAAACUCUGGGCCUUCUAGGGCCGUGCUUUCUUUUUUCUUUCUAGGGAAUCUGUAGUUCUGGAAUUUGGAGGGAGGCUCUGCCCUGUAUCCAGGGUUCCAGAAAAGUUAUUUUAGCUUCCAGGUGAGAUUAUCAGAGGCUAGUAGAAACUAACAUUUCUGCAGGGGAGGGAAGGCAGCAUGUGGCGGGUAACCAUGUGCUUCUCUUUGUAGUAUUUAUUGCAGAGUUGUUCAGGCUUUUAUGCUAUCCUUUCUCCAGGGAUCUCAGGAGAUGAAGGGUAGGUGUCUUCCUGUCUUCCAUUUGUUUGCACAACAAACCUGUGAGGUAGGUUACAGAAACAGUGGUUGUGCAGCUCACCUCAGGAACAUGGCUAAAUAGAGAUUUAAAACUAGAUCUUCUUGUCCCAGGUUGAUACUCUUUUCUUUUACACCAUGCUCUAUUAGGCUGGUGGGGGAAAACCAAUAUUCUUAA